UUAUUUUGGUUCCUUAAAUCGAACGGUUCCUAGGACCUCAUGUUACCAUCUAACGGGUCAAGAAGUCAAGAUGUCAAUCCAUGUAUGUCUCAACUUGGCAUUCAAAUCCAUCACGUGUUUUGCACAUGAUAACAUACCUGUCAUUGCUUCCAACUUCCUCCUACCACCAUUUAUCUCUCAAUGAAUUGUUACAGUUUCAGUGAAUGAAGUGAUGAAGGGAGUGCUCUCUCACUUUCUUCUUCAGAUUACUGUGUUAAUUCUACUUCUUCUUCUUCUAUUUAUGAACAAAUCUCAAAGCUCUCCAAUCAGUGGUGCAAAAUAUUCGCUUUCUAUCACAACAAGGGUUGAUGUGUUGCCUUCUGAUAUCUCCCCAAGUAGAGAGCCACAACCUUUUAUUCCUCUUUUAGCUCCUUCACCAUUCAUAAUACCUUUCACAAAUAAUUCUUUGCCUAAGUUAUCAGGCCUAUGUUCAUUGAAUUUCUCAGCUGCUCAAGAUAUAAUGACCAAAACCGCGACGGAUUGCUGGACUUCCUUUGCUCCCUAUUUAGCAAAUGUUGUAUGUUGUCCUCAAUUUGAUGCCAUGUUGAUAACCCUAAUAGGCCAGUCAAGUAAAUACUCCGGACUGUUAGCUUUGAACAAAACUCAUGCUAACCACUGCCUCUCAGAUAUUCACAAGCUUUUGGUUAGUCAAGGAGCAAAUGAAAACCUUAACACCAUUUGCUCAGUUCAUCCAUCAAAUCUCACCGAAGGCUCGUGUCCCGUUGCAUCUCUCGACGAAUUGGAGAGCAUUGCAGACUCUUCUAGACUUCUAACUGCUUGUAGAAAAAUCGACCCUGUAAAUGAGUGUUGUGAUCAAGUUUGCCAAAACGCAAUAGAUUACGCUGCAAGGAAAAUCGCCUUCAAUGAUAUGUCUAAUUCGAAUGGAAACCAUAGCUUGCCUCGAAAGUUAGCUCGGAUCAAGGAUUGUAAGAAUAUCAUCCUACGCUGGCUGGCUGGAAAACUCAAUCCAUCCACUUCAAAUAGUGUUUUUAGAGGACUUUCAAAUUGCAACCUAAACAAAGUCUGCCCGUUGGUUUUUCCGAAUGUCACAAGAAUUGCGAAAGAAUGUGGAAAUAAGAUAAGAAAUCAAACAACUUGCUGCAAAGCCACUAAAAGUUACGUGACCCGUUUGCAAGAACAAAGCUUUGUGACCAAUCUUCAAGCCUUAAAAUGUGCUGUAUCACUUGGAAAGAAGUUGCAGAAAGAAAACGUCUCCGAAAAUGUCUACAAUCUUUGCCACAUAAGCUUGAAAGAUUUUUCUCUUCAAGUUGGAUCACAAGAAUCGGGAUGCCUUUUGCCGAGUUUUCCUUCUGAUGCAGUAUUCGAUAGAACUUCGGGAAUCGGAUUCAUUUGCGACCUUAAUGACAACAUUGUUGCUCCGUGGCCUACAACAUCUUACUCGCUACAAUCUUCGUGCAAUAGAACUACAAAACUUCCAUCCCUUCCUACAGCAACAUCUUCUCAAAAUGGUCUUUUCAUUAAUAUUUUAGUUUUGCCUCCACUUUUUACCUCUAUACUACUUCUCAGGAGGCUUCUUUAGCAAUAUCAUUGUUUCCAAAUUCAUUGAAGUUGUAAACAUGUUAUGUUUCCUUUUACAAAGAGAUAAUAUAGAAAAAAAAGAAAGAAUUUCCUUAAGUUCUUUCUGUAUUGGUCGGUUUCAAUUGUUCAUUAUCAUUAUAAUUUGAGGAGUUUUAUUAACGAGUUUUUAUUGACAAAACAAUAAUUAAGUUGAUUGGCGCUAAACUUAGUAGGGAGAUCACAGUUCAAUCAUCUGCAACUAUGACUGGGAGAAGAUUGGAACUACUUGAUCCGAACUAAAUUAGACAGUCCAAUAAACGUAAUACUUAUGUUAAAACCAAAAAAAUAAAUAAUUAAGUUUACCCGAAAAAAUGUUCAUUGGUAACAUUUUUUAAAUAAUAAUUAAGUUCUAAGGCAUUUUAUAUUGAACCACCAACUUCAAAUCUGUAAGAAAAAUAAAAAAU